AUGGAGGCUCUUCACUCGUGUCCGACGGCGUCAGGCGUCUCGUCACUAAGCCUGACACAAUCAUGCAGCACCGCCAGACUAUUCUCCUCUAACUCCACGCAACCACUCCGGCUCACGCCGAAAGUUCCCGUCGUUGUUUCUUCCUCCGCUUUCACGAACCGGUAUCCCGGAGCGUCAGAUUCGUCGCACCGCGGCCGUUCACAGAGCAUCCGCGCUAAUGGCAUCGGUCCAAACAGCUCCAACCCCCCAGCGUGCGAGUUCGGCCCGUGGGAUCCGCAAAUCGGCACGCCAGCCGUCCCCGACCCGUCGGUCGCUUUCGUCGAGGAAUCCUUCGAAGCUGACCUGGAUGAAUCGUCGGAGUCGGAUAACAUCAAGGCUGACGAUUUCGUUAACGGAGCUCUGUCAACGUCAGUCAAGGCAGAGGACCAUGUGGCAGUCGAGCACAUGUCGGAUGUGGAUGAAGUGGACGACGGAAGCACGACGGCGACGGAUAUGGAGGAGGCGGGCGUGGGGAGCUGGGAGCACCGAAUGAAAGCCAUGGAGAGCUUGGCGGAGGGCCUUAUGCCGCCGUGGGAGCAGGAGGGUCUGAUGAAGGACGUUUCGGGGUUGAGUGUUGACGCGCUCGUGUCUGCUGAUGCGGUGUACAACAAAGAGCUAAGCUGGUUGGCGUUCAACUGGCGCGUGCUCUACCAGGCGAUGGACAAGCGCACGCCCCUUAUGGAGCGCCUUCGCUUCUUGGCGAUCACCGCGCGCAACCUGGACGAGUUCUUCUGCAAGCGCGUGGGCGCGUUGAAGCGGCAGCAGGCGGUGGGCAUGGCGAACCUCAUCGGCCACCGCAGCAGCUGGCUCUGGACGCCCAGCCAGUCGCUCAAAAUCGUCGCAAGGGAGGUGGAGCAGUUUGUACAGAUGCAGCUGCAGUGCCUGCAGCAGGACCUGCUGCCGUCGCUGCGCAAGCACGGCAUCAGCAUCGUGCACUGGGACGAGCUCGAGUCGCCCGCCAAGGACAAGCUGCGGGCGUACUACAGGGCGUGGCUAGAGCCCAUCAUCACGCCACUGGCAGUGGAUCCCGGCCAUCCCUUCCCCUUCAUUGGCAACAUGUCCCUCGGCAUCGCUGUGGCACUGAGGGAUCCAGUGGACGACGACCACGAGUUUGCCAUUGUGUCGGUGCCCAACACGUGCAAUCGCUGGCACCCACUCGUGCGCCCCAAUGAAGAGGGCAGCAACGAGGAGCGCAACACGUUCAUCUCAGUAGAAGAGAUCAUCAAGGCGAACCUUAGAUCGCUGUUCGGCGGCAUGGAGAUCACAUCUGCGCAUUUCUUCCGGGUGACGCGCAAUGCGGACGUGGAGCGCAACGAGGAUGAAGCAGAAGAUCUGCUGGAGAUGAUCACGGACGAGAUGCGCGAGCGCAAGUUUGCCCCAUUCGUGCGCCUCGAAGUCGACUGCGAGAUGCCCGAGGAGGUGCUGCUGAAGCUGUCCCACGAGCUGGGGUUGGACUCGCACGAUGAUGUGUACCGCCUGUGCGGCCCGCUGGGCCUGGGAGAGAUCGACACCAUUCCGGUGAAUCUGGACGAGAACGCCAAGAGGGAGCUCGUCUUCUCCUCCUGGGCGCCUCAGACACACCCUCGCCUCAAAGGGGCAGACAUAUUCGACACCAUAAGGCACGGGGACGUGUUGGUUCAUCACCCCUACCACAGCUUUGGCACCUCCACACAGCACUUUGUUGAGGCGGCUGCCCGUGACCCCAAGGUAAGCAAGCACCCUCCUUCUGCUGCCCACAACCCCAAGGUCAGCGCCCUCUCUAACUUGAGACGCAUCUCAAAAGCCCCCUACCACAGCUUUGGCACCUCCACACAGCACUUCGUUGAGGCGGCUGCCCUUGACCCCAAGGUGCAAGCUAUUAAAGCCACGCUCUACCGCACGUCAGCGGAUAGCCCCGUGAUCUCAGCGCUCAUCAAGGCAGCCGAGUAUGGCAAGCAGGUGGCCGUGCUGGUGGAGCUUAAAGCCCGCUUCGACGAAGCCAGGAAUGUGGGAUUCGCGCAAAAACUUGAGAGUGCGGGGUGCUGCAUGGCGUAUGGGCUGGUGGGGCUUGGUCGGAAACGCGGGGUGCCACGUGGCGUAUGUGCUGGUGGGGCCAUUUUGGUGUCUCCAGAGAUUGACCACCUCUCUUGCUUCUCCCAUACAUUCUCCCCCUCGCCACGACAGAACGCGGGGUGCCACGUGGCGUACGGGCUGGUGGGGCUGAAGACGCACUGCAAGUGCAUCAUGGUGGUGCGCGAGGAGGAGGAGGGCUUCCGCACCUACGUGCACAUCGGCACCGGCAACUACAACCCCCGCACCGCCUCCGUCUACACCGACUUUGGCCUCUUCAGCUGUCGGCCAGAACUAGGAGAGGAUGUGAGGGAUCUGUUCAAGUACCUGACAGGGUACCACAGACAGAACAAGUACAACCGCCUGCUCGUCGCCCCCGGCACCAUGCGGCGGGAGUUCCUCCGCCUCAUCGACCGCGAAAUUGCCAAUGCAGCAGCUGGCCUCCCGGCCCACGUGGUGAUCAAAUGCAACGGUUUGGACGAUGAAGUGAUGGUUGCGAAGAUUUACGAAGCAGUGGGGAACGGUGUGAAGGUGGACUGCAUCGUGCGGGGCAUGUGCAGGCUGCGGCCGGGGGUGCCGGGCGUGAGCGAGAACCUGCGGGUGGUGAGCAUCAUCGGGCGGUUCCUGGAGCACCACCGCAUCUUCAAGUUUGAGAACGGCGGAGACCCCCAGUAUUACAUCGGAUCAGCUGACUGGAUGAGUCGCAACCUGACACGGCGUGUGGAGGUGGUAACCCCCGUGGAGGACCGUGCAAUCAAGUCGGAGCUACAGUCCAUCAUCGACGCGUGCCUCUUUGACAAGCGCCAGGCGUGGCAGCUACAGCCGGACGGGCGGUACCGCCUCAUGGGCGUGUCGCAGCAGUGGCUGAGCGCGCAGGGAGGCAAGCUGCCGAAGCCCAGCAAGGAUAACAAGCUGCACCGCGCGGAGCACCUGGGCCUGCACCAGGCAAUCAUGGACCUUACUUUGCGACGGGUAAUUUUUGAGGGAGAGCGAUGGCAGUGGCUGAGCGCUCAGGGAGGCAACCUGCACAAGCCGAGCAAGGAGAACAAGCUGCACCGCGCGAAGCAUUUGGGUCUGCACCAGGUGAUUAUGGACCUUACUUAG